AUGAUGUUCCCAGUUAUUCAAUCACCAUGUGUCUUUGAGACUUUGCCAUCUCUCAACAUGUUUGGUUUCGAACAACCAGUAGUGGCUCCAGUUCCCAAGAGAAGAAGGGGUUUGGGGCGAAGUAGUGGUCAAUAUCUAAGAUAUAUGCCCUCCAGAGCUUCCGCUUCAUUGAGGUACACAGUCGAUGAAUCGCCAGAAGGUUACACUUUGUCGCUUUGGAAGGAAGUCCCUGAUGGGUUGGUUGCUGGCGCUGUUGAGAGCGAAGUCGUCAAACUCAAGGAAGAAUCCUACAGGCCAAACUACCAUUUGGUCCGUGACAUGUGGGGCAAUUCGUACUUCUUGGAAGAAGAAGCUGAUGAGGAGGAGCUUAUGCGCGAGGCUUUCUCCAGGUUAAACAUGAAGACCGUAAGCCGUAAGGUUGCAAGAUCGCUAUUCCAGGAAUACGAAAUUGAUUUGAACCACAGGGGCGACGAAUUGACCGUUACAAGCCAUAAGGAUGGAGUAAGCAAGGCUUUUGAAAUCGGUUGUCGGAUUGACGAUGUUAAAGUUGUAGGCUGCAAACUUAAUGAGACGCUGGAGUACGGUAUCUUGCAGAUUGCACUGGUGAAGAGCGACGAGUGCAGAGGUAAGACAGACAAUCUCGCUAGGUUAAUCCAAUGGUCGCAAUCCCAAUCUACUGGGAACUCUGAAGAAGAAGAAUCUCAGGAAAGCGAGAAAGCUCGCAGAGCUGCGGAGGCGGAAGCUCAGGAAGCUGCAGACAAGGCUAUAGAGGAAGCCGAUAUAAGGGCUAAAGUCGAAGCUCAAGUUGCAGCUAAACUGGAAGCAGAGAUAGAGGCUCGCAAAGCGGAAGAGCAAAGAAAGAAGGAAGAACAGCAGAGAAAUGAGGAAAAGGAGAGAAAGCAAAGAGAGGCAGAACUCAGAAGACGGAUUGCCGAGGAGGAGAGGGAAAAACGGGUUAAAGAAGAAGCAAGAAGAUUGAAGGAGCAGCAACUGAAAGAGAAGAAAGCAUUUCUAAUCGAGCAACAAAGAGCAAAGAGGCUAAGGUCCGAACAAGCAAAGACUGCUUCAUCUCCCAAAACGGUUACGAUCAACAUAAAUUUCGGUAACGAUGACAGCAAUGAACGCGAAGACACCAAAGAGCGAAGCGACAGCCUCAGGAGAUAUCAGUCACCAAUCCUCGAAGAUGUGGAUGACGCCGAAAUACAGCGAUUCAAUGAAUCUCUCAGUAGAUCACCUCAAGGCUCUCCUAUACUAGAGGAGAUAUAA